AACAACCAGAUUACGGUCGUAAAACUAAAAGCACGCCAUCUUUGAACGAUUUAUUGCGUGAAAAAUCGAACAGAAAACGUUUAAACGUUCCUGUGCUCAUUUGCAUCAAUCCUGCCGUCUACAAUGUCUUCGGAAAAGAUAAAUACCCGUGUCAUCCAGGUGACCAAUGUCGCGCCUGCUGCAUCAAAAGACCAAAUGAAGACGCUUUUCGGCUACAUCGGCAGAAUCGACGAAAUCAAGCUCUAUCCUCCUGAAGCCAUUCUCCCAGACCCCGAUUUGGACCCCAUGAUGCAGCCUGAGAGCCAUGUGACCCCUAAGGUGUGCUAUGUCAAAUUUGAUGAUGUCACAAGUACUGGUGUUGCCCUGCAUCUUACUAACACUGUCUUCAUCGACCGUGCUCUCAUUGUGGUUCCAGUUAUGGAUGGUAAAAUUCCAGACGAGAGCGUCGCUCUACAGCUUGCUCCAUCUGCUGUGGCAGGUAUGAUGCCAGGACAACCAUCAUGGCCGAGUAAUGUUAUGAGUCAGAUGACUGGAGUUGGAUCAAGCCAGAUGAUCACAACCUAUGAUCCACGUAUGACAGCCUUGGGACUGCCCCAGUACCCACCUCUACCAGGAAACACUGACCCCACAAAGAUAGAGGAAAUACGGCGCACUGUGUAUAUUGGCAACCUUGACCAGACUGUAGCCGCUGAUCAGCUUCUGAAGUUCUUCUCUCAGGUUGGGGAAAUUAAAUAUGUGAGAAUGGCUGGAGAUGAAAGCCUGCUGUCUCGAUUUGCAUUUGUAGAAUUCACAGACCAGAGAUCUGUCGCCACUGCUCUCACUUACAAUGGAGUGGUGUUCCAGGGCAGGCCAAUCAGUGUUGGCCAUGCAACCAAUGCCAUUUCAAAGCCUAUAACCAAGACCCAACAGGCAGCCCAGCGGGAGAUAGAGGAAGCCAUGAAGAAGGUGAAAGAGGCUCAGUCUCUUAUCACUGCUGCUGUUGACGACAAAGGAAGAGACAGAAGUAGGUCACGUUCUACUAAGCGAUAUCGGUCAAGAUCACGUUCAAAGAGGCGUAGUCGUUCCAGGUCAAGGAGGCGUGACCGUUCUCGUAAAAGGUCAAGGUCUAGAAGAAGAUCUAGGUCGAGGUCGCGUAGAAGGUCGAGGUCACGAAGAUCUAGAUCAAGGAGACGAUCUAGGUCGAGGUCAAGGACUCGCAGAAGGUCACGCAAGAGGUCACGUGAACGAUCUAGGCACAGGAGUCGAUCAAGGUCCAGAAAUCGAGGCAAACGUUCAAGAUCAAGAUCAAGAUCCAAGCAGGGAUCAACUGAAAAAUCCAAGCAAGGGUCGACAGAAAAAAGUACUGACGAGAAAGGAAAGAACUAUUUCCCUACAAGGGGUCCACUGCGGGGUCAAAUCAUCUUCCCAAUCAGGCGUAAGUCAAGGACCCCUCCCAGAGCCUAUACUCGUCGUUCAAGGUCAAGGAGUCGUAGAAGGAGCCGUACACCAAAGCGUUCUCGGUCCAGAGAAAGGAAGAAGUCACUGUCACCACCAAAACUGGAAAGGGAGGAUAACAAACCUGGCAAACAAAAGGAGGAAUCAGAGGCUCCUCCUGCACUCACAGAUUCCCCAACAGAACUGGCCAGCACUACCAAACCAUCCCAAAGCCCCUCUCACCCUUCAGAUGUAAAGAUUAAACAAGAGCCCCAACUCAGCCCCUCUCAACCUUCAGAUGUAAAGAUUAAACAAGAGCCCCAACUCAGCCCCUCUCACCCUUCGGAUGUAAAGAUUAAACAAGAGCCCCAACUCAGCCCCUCUCACCCUUCAGAUGUAAAGAUUAAACAAGAGCCCCAACUCAGAUCCUCCAGUGAGACUCGCAGUAGAAGUCGAAGUCCUGUUACAAAAGGUUCUACAAGUCCACGGAAGACCUCUCGAAGUCCACCACCCAAGAGGAACUCUCGCAGCCCUCAAAAAGUGUCGCGUAGUCCUACAAGGAGGUCAUCCCGCAGUCCUCGCAGAAGUCCACGGAGGUCAUCUCGCAGUCCCCGUCGAAGCAGACGGUCACGUAGUCGUAGCCGAAGCAGGGGGAAGAAGUUGAGUAAGAGAAAUAGACGCAGUAGGAGUACAUCUCGUCGGAGAUCCCGCUCAUCUUCACGUCACAAGUCUAGGAAGGACAAAAAACGUGACCGCAGUCGAGACCGGGAUCGUGACCGUGAUCGUGAUCGCGACAGGGAAGGGAAGAAGAAACGCCACAAGGACAAAGAUAAGGAGCGUGACCGCGAUGACAGGCAUAAGGAGUCAAAGGCCAAGGACACAAAGGUCAUACGUAACUAUGAUGAAGAGGAGAAGUUGCUGGAGAACAGUAACAGUGAAUCGGAGGAUAAACCUGUGAAAUCAACGCCAUCAGACAUCAAUCUUCAGUCUGUAGAUAUGGACAUGAGUGAUUAGUGCCGAGGUGCUACAUGUAUCACAAAUAUUCAUUAUCUGAGGAAUUGAGGAUGUUUAAAAUUCUGUAUCACAGACUUGAUUUGAAAUAGAAUUGAGUAUAUACUGGUAAAUGGUUUUGGUUCAAGUGACAUUAAGGAAUUAGGAAAGGUAUCAAGAUAGGUCAUACAAGUUAUUUGAAAUCAUUUGAUUCCUCAAGUUAAUCUGUUAUGGAUUCCUCUAGAUGUAUUCAGUUGUCUCUAGUUGUAUCUUAGUGUUGCAUGUCGUCUUGUAUCACUAUCGCCUGCUAUUACUCACUGAAGUUAAAAUAUUCAGGUCUUGUGAUUUUUACCAUAUGUUACACCAUGUUACAAUAUUUUAAACUCUUAGUAAGCUUACAUUAUUUGGUGGAAAUAAAGGUUUACAUUUAUUUUGGAACAUUGUGAAAAGUCAUUUGAAUUUUGCAAGACAUGACAAAAGCAACAUAGGUGUCAAAUCAUUUUUAAUGUGCUUCAAUAAAAUCAUCAAAUCUA